GGGCCCGGAGACACCCACGCCCCAGUCAUGCUGAGCGGAGUAUGGAAGCAGCUGACUACGAGGUGCUAUCCGUGCGAGAGCAGCUAUUCCACGAGCGGGUCCGCGAGUGCAUUGUGAGUGGGGGCCACGAGAAGGAAGGGGUAGGAGGGAGGUGGAAAGAAACACAGUGUGUGGCGAGAGGAAGAAGUUCGGGUCAGAGUGCGACCACCUGGACUCAGAGCGCGGUCAGAAUCUGCUUGGACCGGGGGCGAGUGACUAUGACCCCGAAGGGUCGGUCAGUGUCCCGGCUGGGGAGCCCUAGAUCAGAUCGGCUGGGUCCCUGCGCGAUAAACAAAGCCCGUCGGUUUCCGUUCCUCCCCUCUGCACGCCCCUCCCCCUACUGUCCCUCCCCACCUCUCAGUGUUCCUGGGCGUGGGUCUUCGUGCGUUUGAGCCCCGGUUAUAUUAAUCUGAUAGUAUGGUGCGCCCGCGUGUCUUAAUCUAAGAGUCUGGCAGGGAUGGGUUUGGUUGGCAGCAGGUUUAUUAGCAUUUCCCCUUCAAACUCCACUUGAGGGCAAACCCAACUGAUGUUUGGUGAAGGGGAGAAAUCGUCACACUGAGCAGGAUUCCAGGAAAGACUCAGGAGGUGUAGGGGUGGCAGGUUGGAAGUAGCUGGGGGGACUUGGUCAGGUCGGUCUCCCACUUGGUAUGAAAGAACUCUUACUGAAGUGGAUUCUAAUAUGUCAAGGUGAGGAACAACUAGGGCUGCCUUCCCACUCCCCCCUUAUUGGUGUUCCUUAGAAACUCUUUGAAGCUGGUUUCCCAGCUUCCCAGCCAUUCAGGGAUUUCGCCGGUGAAUUGUUCCACCCCACCCACCCACCUACCCCCAGUUCUUUAGAGGGCACCGGCUCCUGUUUUUUACUCCCUCACUGUAACCUAGGGCAGCAGCUGAACCUGCUUACACAGCAAUGGACUCCUCACUUCUGGGCCCCAAGCACCCAGUGGACCUUAUUGUUAUUAGGUGCUGCCGAGUCUGUUCCAAAUCAUAGUGACCCUGUGCAUGACAGAACAAAACAGUGCCUGGUCCUGCACCAUCCUUACAGUCGUUGUUAUGCUUGAGUCCAUUGUUGGAGCCACUUUGUCAAUCCAUCUCAUUGAGAGUCUUCCUCUCUUUCACUGACCCUGUAUUUUACCAAGCAUGAUGUCCUUCUCCAGGGACUGAUCCCUCCUGACAACAUGUCCAAAGUAUGUAAGACGCAGUCUCCCCAUCCUUGCAAGGCGAGACAGUGGAGCUUAGGCACUCACAUAUUCCUCAGGCUUGCUUUGAGUUCUCAUUUCCUUUCUCCUCUCUUCCCUUCCUAGAGCUCCCCAGGGUAGUGUCAAAAAGCCAAAACCAAACCCAGUGCAGUUAAGUCGAUUCCGACUCAUAGCGACCCUGUAGGACAGAGUAGAACUACCCCAGAGUUUCCAAGGAGCACCUGGUGGAUUCGAACUGCCGACCCUUUGGUUAGCAGCCAUAGCACUUAACCACUACAUCACCAGGGUUUCCAGCCAGGGUAAUGUCCCCCCCCACCCCCCCCAAAAGAAAACUAAAUAGAAAAAGAGAAAUGAUUGGAAAAAUAGAAGUGUUAGUGAGUGGGGUGACCCACUGAUGGAGUCAUCAUUUUUCUCAGACUGGGCCCUAGUCUGCCCUGGGCAGCCUCAGAUUAGAGGAGGGAAAAGGUGAGCCAGUACAUUAGAUCUGCCCUUGUCCGUGAGGCCUGGAAAGUAGGGAAUAUGUCCGGCCAUGUGUGGUUCUCCAGUUGAGGCCUGUUUUCAGGAAGCCUUCCUUCUGUGUUCCUUGGUAGAUAGUCCCAUGUGAUGUGGUUGGGCAGUACUGGGGAAGCACGCCUAGGCUUUGAGACAUACAGGGCCAGAGGCCCACAUUCCUAGAGAACAGGGGGGAAUGAGACCUUGGACAGAGAAGCAGCCUUCUGGGUAUCUCCCUCGUCCUUUAGUCCUGUUAGCUGAAGACAUCAUUGCUGGCCAAGGGCAACCUGAAGGCCUCUGCUGCCUCCCCCAUCUGUCUCCCAUCUCUUGCUCUAGAGAACAGCCUUGCCUCCUCUGGAAAUGCUGGAACCACGUUGAACUCCACCCUGACCUUUUGAGCCCUCCCACCUACCUGGCUAAUACGCAAGCUCAGGGCAAAGCACUGGGCUGUAAAAAUCUUGUAGCUACAAUCUAAGUGGCUUCUUCCUACUCUGUUUCCCUGUUGUCAAAAGUUACAAUUUUGUCCCAGACCCACGGCUCUCCUGACUUAUUCCCUACUUGUAUAGACAACUGCAGUUAGAUUACCUCUGGUGCUGGGAGAAUCCAUGAGGCUAAUUCUGCCUUCUUGGCUUACCUCAAACACAAUAGCAUCUCUUCUUGGGACUCUGGCUCUGACUGUGGCACCAAGCUGACCAGUGGGCAAUAGCAGCUUACUUGGGGUAGGGUUGGGAUGCAUGCAUGUGCAGAUUAACCUGGACAAGUUCUGCCAUUACUGUCUAUUGGAGGUCCAGUCACUGGGCCAUGGGACAGGCCCUGAGAAGCUGGGCCCUGGAGGUGGGAGCCACAUGAGGUAGAGCCUGUGUUUGGCUGCCUUUAAAGGGGCUGAUGCCAACUCUAGAAACUUUGUAGGUGUUGGGUCCCAAUUAAAGCCUACUCUAGGGGCAGAGGAUUAAAUGAGCCCUCUGGUUUGGGCCAAAGGAGAUCUGAUCUUUCAGGGUCACUGAAUAAGCACACAGUAGAAAUUCUGACUUGGUCUAGGGACAUGAUGAUUGGAUUCCUGCUUAUCCUUUUCUGCAGCGUGGGUCAAGGUGGCAGCAGGGGAGGAAGGAGGAGAGCCGGGACAAUGUAGACAUUUCCUUUCUCCCCUCAAAUCUGCUUCUCUUUCCAAUAAUGUGCUCAGACUAAGUUUCCUCUAGUUCUAUGACCUGUUUCAAGAACGCGUGCAUGUGCAUCAUUGUAGGUUUUUACUCUGGGUGAAGCUAUUUUCUCCCAGGAAAACCCUUGUAGGGCUGGGCAUGAGGCCAUUUACCCAGGUGCGUGGACAGCCCUUGUGUGGUCCUUCUGGAGGCUGUGGAGGCCCUAACUAGAAGUACCGGGGAAAAAGAUGGAACCCCUGGAAGCAUGGUGGAAAUGAACCCAUGGAAUUAGCAGUGAAGCCCUUGGGACCAUGGAUUGUCCUGGGGAUUAGUGCUUCUCAUCCCAGCUCACACUCUGCCACAGAUCUCAGCGCUUCUGUUUGCAACACUCUACAUCCUCUGCCACAUCGCCCUGACCCGCUUCAAGAAGCCUGCUGAGUUUACAACAGUGGAUGAUGAAGAUGCUACAGUCAACAAGAUUGCGCUUGAACUGUGCACCUUUACCCUGGCAGUUGCCCUGGGUGCUGUCCUGCUCCUGCCUUUCUCCAUCCUCAGCAAUGAGGUACUACUCUCACUGCCUCGGAACUACUAUAUCCAGUGGCUCAACGGCUCCCUCAUCCAUGGGUGUCCUGGGCCGGGUAUAUGAGACGGUGGUGAUGUUGGUGCUCCUCACCCUGCUGGUGCUGGGCAUGGUGUGGGUGGCAUCAGCCAUUGUGGACAACAACAAGGCCAGCAAGGAGUCACUCUAUGACUUCUGGGAGUACUACCUCCCCUACCUCUACUCCUGCAUCUCCUUCCUCGGAGUUCUGCUGCUCCUGGUGUGUACUCCACUAGGUCUUGCUCGCAUGUUCUCAGUCACUGGGAAGCUGCUGGUCAAGCCCCGGCUUUUGGAAGACCUAGAGGAGCAGCUAUACUGCUCAGCCUUUGAAGAGGCAGCUUUGACCCGCAGGAUCUGCAACCCCACCUCCUGCUGGCUGCCUUUGGACAUGGAGCUGCUACACAGACAGGUUCUGGCUCUGCAGACACAGAGGGUCCUGCUGGAGAAGCGACGGAAGGCUUCAGCCUGGCAGCGAAACCUGGGCUACCCCCUGGCCAUGCUGUGCUUGCUGGUGCUGACGGUGGGUGCACCAGCCUUGGUGUGGGGCCUGUCUGUGCUCACUGUGGCCGUCCACAUCCUGGAGCUGCUCAUCGAUGAGACCGCCAUGCCCCGGGGCAUGCAGGAUGCCUCCCUGGGCCAGGUCUCCUUCUCGAAACUGGGCUCAUUUGGUGCCGUCAUUCAGGUUGUACUCAUUUUUUAUCUGAUGGUGUCUUCGGUUGUGGGCUUCUACAGCUCUCCACUCUUCCAGGGUCUGCGGCCCAGAUGGCACGAUACAGCAAUGACACAGAUAAUUGGGAACUGUGUCUGUCUCCUGGUCCUAAGCUUAGCACUUCCUGUCUUCUCUCGAACUCUGGGGCUCACUCGUUUUGAUCUGCUGGGUGACUUUGGACGCUUCAAUUGGCUGGGCAAUUUCUACAUCGUGUUCCUCUACAAUGCGGCCUUCGCAGGCCUUACCACACUCUGUCUGGUGAAGACCUUCACUGCAGCUGUGCGGGCAGAGCUGAUUCGGGCCUUUGGGCUGGACAGACUGCCGCUGCCUGUCUCUGGUUUCCCUCGGGCAUCUAGGAAGACCCAGCACCAGUGACCUCCAGCUGAGGGUGGGAGGGAGAAGACUGGACACUGCCAUCUGCUGCCCAGGCAUGGAGGGGAGCCUGGGGGUGGGGGGACCUCAGGACCUGGAAUCUGAGAGGGUGCAUGGCAGAGGAGAGUUGAGCCAUCUGCACUGUUGCAAAUCUGAGCCAGUGUUUGGGACCAGGCCCCCCUGCUUUUCCAGACUUAACUAUGGGCCUCGGUGUGGGGUGGGGCUGGGUGACUGCCUCUAGCUUCUGGUCCCAAAUCAGUUUACACAUCAAUCUGCCUCAAUGCUGUUCAGGGCCAAGCCCGUAGCCAUGUUUACAUGAUUUGAUGUGCAAUAGGGAGGGGUGGGGGCUGGGGAGGGUCUGAGCUGGGGACUUGGGAGGCAGGUUGUCUCCCUUGCUUCUGGCCCAGCAGAGGCUAAGCACUGUGCUAUCCUGGAGGGCCUUUGGACCACCGGAGCAGCCAUGAGCAUAGGGAGGAAGAGGCUGGAACCAUCAGCAAUAAAGUUGAUCCCAGGGUUUUCUUUGGUUUUUUAAAGGGCCUGUCUCUGUGUCUAUUUGUCCGAGCCUACCAACUGAGAGAAAAGGGGCCCCGCCCUCUAUCCUUUUUCCUUCCCUCCAUCUGCAUCCUUAGUGUCCUUUGGGGACCUGCAUCUGUGUUAGGUCAUACAACUGGGCAGUGCAACGCUCCUCCACUCUUAACCUUGAUUAAAGCCAACUGGUCCCUUGACUCCUAUACAGAAAUAUGGCCCUGUUUCUGUACCUCGGAUGGUGGGAUAGAUGGGCAUAGGAAUAGGAUAACCUCCCCCUACUCACCCAUGCACAGACCCUCAGCCCUGACUGCCUGCCCUUCCUGACUUGACUGUUGGAUUGCACAGCUUCCUGGGACACUGUUUGCCUCAUAAUCAUUGUCUUAGGCUGGGUUCUCUAGAGAAACAAAACCAGUAAGACAUACAUAGAGAGAGAGAGAGAGAUUUAUAUCAAGGAAGCUGCUCACGUGGUUAUAAAGGCUGGAACAUCCCAAGUCUGUGGAUCAGGAUAGAGGUUUCUCCUGAUUCACAUAGCCACAAGGGCUGGCACACCCAAGACUGGCAGGUCAGAGAGCAGGGCUCUUGCUCACAGGCUGUGAAGAUCUAUGAAUCCCAAGUGUGGCAGGUAAGCUGCUAGCUCAAGUCCUGAGAACCAGAAGUCAGAUGAACAGGAGCCAGCUGCAGGAUUUAGAAAGAGCAAAAAGCCAGUACGUCUGCUUAUAUUCAGAUGCAGGGCACACACCCAAGGAAACUCCCUUUCAGCCAAUUGGCUACUCACAGGAGAUCCCAUCAUGGGAGUGAUCGAUCACAUGCAAACACUGAGAAUCGUGGCCCAGCCAAGUUGACACAAUCUUAACCAUCAUAGUUAUUGUAAAUAUAAUUACUGCGACAAUUUCCUUGCAAAUGGCAUUCAGGGGUCUUGAGGAAAGAGCACCUUUUUCUAAUGUACACAAAGUUGCUAUGAGUGCUAGCCAUAGAACUGGGUAAAGGGAGGGUGAGUAUGGAAUACAAAAAGUGUAAAUUCCACAAAUACUUGCCAAGCACCCUACUGUAGGGCAGGCACUCCUAGCCUUGAAGAUAACAUGAGAAACAAGCCUGUACCCAGUGGCCAGUCUAGUAAGGGUGACAUAAUUCUAAUAUGGUACCAUAAUGGCAGUUGGUUCUCAAGGAAAUAGAGGUAGGCAGUGUCAGGAUAUCAGGGAAGGCUUCUUAGAGGAAGUGACUUCUAAGUGAUAACAGAUUGGUGGGCGAAGUGUUUAGGCUCAAAGUCUCUGAGAUGAGACCUGAGUGGCUGGAAGUAGAGCCAAAGGGAGUCAGGAGUGAGAUGGCAAGUUAUUCAUUUGAAAAACAAUUGUUGGGUGUGGGUGUCUGGCUAGAGCAAGAAGGGACAAAAGUUGGAAGUACUAAAACAGAAUAUAGCUACAAAGCUCCGUGUCUGAUUCUAGGAGCUCCAAGGGGAAGUUCCCAGCUGAGGGGCUGUAAAGCAACUAGGGAAAAUGGUCCCCUGGUUCCCAUUUCUUUCAGUCCUGGUAAUUGCCAAGCAAGGAGAGAUGGAAGUGGGGACAAUGUGGAGAGGACCACGGGGAAGAGGGGAAGAGGCUUUGGUUGUAUGCCUAAAAGGUUUGUCUGGCCUUGGGCAGAAACUAGAACCCAUACUUCUUGGAUGACAGCAGAAGGCAACCAGCCAGGGUAGACUUUGGGAGAGCAAGGAUGGUUUGGCCCAAGCGUAGGCUGGGAGGUAGAAGGAUGCUUAACCAGGCAUCGGAGGAUUGUAAAGCUACCAGAAUUUCCUAGGCAGGUGCCUUUCUGGUUUCCAGGAUGGAACACACUUCAGUAGCGAAAUGGACCAGCAGUGACCGGCUAGAG